AUGAUAGAUUAUUUAUCUAAAGUAGAAAAAUUCUUCUGGGAUAACUUUGAAGAUGAAGAAUUAAUAAUCAAUGGAUCAAAUGUAUCCAUUCUUGAUCAAGCUCUUAGGUUACUAGAUCUUGUUGAAUCUAAAGGAAAGGAUACAGUAAACUUAGAAAUCUCUACAUCUGAGGAACUUAAACAAAAUUUUCACUUUGAUGAAACAAUUAACGUCAUAGAAGAAACAUCUAAUAAAGAAACUUUUGUAUAUAUUUCAGAAGAAGAAGUAGAAUCUCUUUCUUCUAAUAGAGAGCCUAACUUCGGGAUGAAUAAAGCCGAACCACAUUUUGAUCAGCCUGGAGAAUCUUCUUUUCGAGGUGAAAGAAGAAAAAGACCUAAAACUGAACAAGGUCAUGGAACUGGCUCUAUGCCAAAUCUACCCACUGGAAAUCCAAACCAGUUCGGAACAAACGUUCUCAAUAUUGACAACAUUGAAACAAAUAGAAAAGAAUUUAUCAAUAGAUGGACUUCAGAAAUAAGUCUAAUCAUUCAGACUAAUAAAGAAAAAUAUGCAACGAAAGAAUCUAUCCUUUUAUUGUUUGACCAUAAAACAUCAGGAAUAGUUCAAAAUUUUAUCAAAAGUACAAACUGGAUUAGUCAUAAUCCAAUGACAGUAUUCCAAGACAUGCUUGAUGCCAUUUACAUGAUGUUCCUUUGGAUAGAUCUUAUAGAAGACAAAGCUAAUGAACAAAAAAGAGAAAUCGAAAAAGCAAAGUCCAGACUUACGAAUCUCACCAUAUGUGAUAUUUGCUUUCUAGAUCAUUAG